AUGGAAGUGGUUAAGGACAUCACGGAGACGGCGGCCGUGGACCUGGGGGACCUGCUGGACGCCGGGGACGACGCCGUGGUGAUACUCGAGGCAGGUGACACGCGGCUGUUGGCGCACAGGGCCGUCCUGGCGGACAGGAGCCCUGUGUUCGCCGCCAUGUUCGCCCACGACACCCUCGAGGCCAGCAGCGGCGCGGUGAGCAUCCCGGACGUGGGGGGCCCGGUGCUGAGGCAGCUGGUCUCCUACCUGUACACCCUGCGGGCCCCCCAGCUGCCCGGCGCGGCCCCCCAGCUGCUGGCUGCAGCGGAUAAGUACGGGGUGUCGCGGCUGAAGGCGGAGUGCGAGCGGCAGGUGGCCGCUCAGCUGACGGUUGAGACUGCGGCGGCCGCGGCCGUCCUCGCAGUCCGCCACUCCUGCAGUGACCUCAGGCGAGCCGCCAUCGAAUUUAUUAAGGCCCGUACCCACGAGGUGAUGGCCACGCAGGGGUGGGCAGAUGCGAUGCGGAAGCAGCCGGAAGACUUGAUCGAAGUGAGCCGGUUGCUGUAUGAUCCACCACCAAAAAGCAGCCCACCAGCCGCUGCACAGCUGAGGCCCGCCACCACCUCCACCACCACCACCACAGCCGCUGCCGCCGCCACCACUGCCGGCACAACCCGCCAGACUCCUGCAGCUGCUGCUGCACCGCCCACGACUCCUGCACCUGAUGACGCCACUGUCUCUCACUUGCGGAGCCUCUCUGCAGAGGAGAGGGGCAGGAGGCUGGUCCAGGCGGCUGAGGAGGGGGCAGUGGGGCAGCUGAGGGCGCUGAUCGCCGCAGGGGCCGACGUGGGGGCGAGGGAAGUGGCGGCUGCGCUGCUCGUCGCGGGGGCCGACAGGGGGGCCACAGCUGGUGAUGGUGAGCAGACAGCGCUGGACCUCGCCAGGCACUACAACCACAGGCGGCUGGUGGAGAUGCUGUCAUGA